CCACACCGGCCAGAUAGAGCCAAAGCAGAGGGAGGUAAUAAUAGACGUCGCGGCUGCUGCAAGCGAGAGAAGAGACCACCUCCCCCUCUUGUUACUCUUCUUUCUUUAAUCCUUUCUCUCUUUCUCUCUGAUUUCCGAGCAACCCUUAUCAUUUCGUUGUACUCGUCUCCCUUCCUGUCUUUGUUCUCUGCUCUCUGUGAAGGUCGAAGUUUUCUGGGGGAUCACCACCCGCGCACCGUCUGGUAGAUGCGCAGAAGCGGCACUUGGGGUGGAACCAAACCUUUUAACGUGGACGGAAGAUAAAAAGGCACAGCAUCAUAUGUUUAUAAAUGCCUGAGUUCUUUGAACUGCAGGCGAACAUUGAAUCUAUUCUAUAAACAGGGAAUAUAGAUUCUCUUUCUUGUGCUCCUUGUAACUAUGGGGGGGCUAUUAGUUGAAGACAUGGUGUAUCCUGGUGGCCCAAAUUACGUGCAAAAUUUCACCUCCAGUGAUGACAGGAAAGACCAUUAUGGUGGCUUCUAUCAGCAUCAGAUGGGUGAAUGCAUGAUGGGAGUGGGAGAUCUGGUUGACCUGCCACCAGAAAAAAUUGCUGAGGCUGCUGAUGAAGAGAGCGAUGAGGAUAUUGACAUAGAAGAACUUGAACGACGUAUGUGGAGGGACCGGAUGCGACUGAAGCGCUUAAAGGAACAGCAUCAGAACAAAAACAAGGAGCAGGGUGAUGCGUCUAAGCAAUAUCAAUCCCUCGAACAGGCCCGCCGGAAGAAGAUGUCUCGGGCACAGGACGGAAUUCUCAAGUACAUGCUGAAAAUGAUGGAGGUCUGCAAUGCUCAGGGCUUUGUCUAUGGUAUAAUUCCAGAGAAAGGCAAACCUGUCAGUGGUGCUUCUGAUAAUCUCAGGGGUUGGUGGAAAGAAAAGGUCAGGUUUGAUCGUAAUGGACCUGUUGCUAUAGCCAAGUACCAGGCUGAUAAUGUGAUCCCUGGUUGUAGCAGUGAUUUCAGCUCUGGAACUGCAAGUCCUCAUUCAUUGCACGAACUUCAGGACACAACAUUGGGUUCCCUCUUGUCAGCUCUUAUGCAGCACUGUGAUCCACCACAGCGGCGGUUUCCCCUUGAGAAAGGAAUCCCACCACCAUGGUGGCCUACUGGGAGAGAGGAGUGGUGGCCUCAGCUAGCCAUUCCAAGCGAACAAGGUCUGCCUCCAUACAAGAAGCCACACGAUCUGAAGAAGGCUUGGAAGGUCAGCGUCUUGACAGCUGUAAUCAAGCAUAUGUCUCCUGACAUUGAGAAGAUCCGCAGGCUUGUUAGGCAGUCCAAAUGCCUUCAAGACAAGAUGACUGCCAAGGAGAGCGCAACUUGGCUUGCUGUUGUUAAGCAGGAAGAGGACAUGUUCAUGAAGCUGCAUCCAGAUGCAUGCCUACCCCCAUCCUCCGGGGGUGGUGUCAUGGGAGACUUCUCCUUCAACAGCAACAGCAGCGAGUACAAUGUUGAAGGUGUUGAUGAAAGCAAAAGUGAGGAUGUGGAUUAUAAGCUGGAUGCUGACAGCAAUGCUUUUAACUUUGGAGCUUGUUAUGGGAAUGGGAAAUUCAUUAGAUCUCCAAUGAAGGAAGAGACUGACAUGGAAAUCAUUCAGAAGAGAACUGCUGCGGAGUCUGAACUGGUGAUAAACCAGCGGGUCUAUACCUGUGAUAAUGUGGUAUGCCCACACAAUGAUAUCCGUCAAGGAUUUCCUGAUAGGAAUGCGAGAAACAGUCACCAAUACUUCUGUAAGUAUCAGAAAACUCAUCCUUCAGGUAUUGGGAUGACGAACAACAGCUUCCACGUGACCAAGAACAAGCCUUCAAUUAUGCCUUUGCCAUUGAAUAGUCAGCCAAAUCCAGUUAAUAUCUCUGACUUGGGUAUUCCUUCUGAUGGGCAAAAAUCAAUUGAUGUGCUAAUGAACUUCUAUGAUAACAAUAUAAAUGGUGGCAAGAACAUGGACUUGGGAGGUGUGACCAUGUUGGAAGAAGUUGGUGAUCUCUUUGAAGAAGUUACCAGCUUCGUGGAGCAAGCACAGUACAGGCAGGAGAGCAUAGUGCCAUUUGAGCAAGAAUUUAAUAACCAGCCUCUCGAGGUGAGUGGGGACUUCAGUAUAGGGUCUGGCUUUAGCAUGCCUGUAAUGAAUUCCUCAGAUUCUAUGCAUGGGAGGAUUGAGCAUUCUUUGCAGAACCAAGAUGGAUUCAAUUGGUUCUACUGAAAGGAAUGGAUACGAACUCAGGUUAGAUGAUUCAGGAGGGUGCUGAAUCAUGUGUCAAAAUGAUGAGAUCAUUUCAGCAACAGUGGAAUAGAUCUUUGGGUGAAGGUGAUCUUCUUGUAUGAUAUAUGCAAUCUUCCUUUUCUUUUAUCAUGUCACAAAUAUUAGUAUGCAGAGUGUGCUCCCAAGAUAAUUCUUGUGAGAUGCUCCAGUGUAGCAUUACAUAAGAGACUUGGUUAGGACUUGGAAGUAUAAAGUGUGGGGUUUGUAUUAGUUUUAGUUACCAAUGGAUGAGUGCUUUCAUCCAAUCUACUUAAUAGAUAUCUGCUGUUUAGACACUCUUAUGUUUGUACUUGCAAUAUGAUUUUGCAUUGUUCAGAUAU